AUGGAUAUGAUCAGUGCUAGUGCAGUGGGAGGAGAAGGACUACGUGGAUCCAAAUGGGAUGAAAAGGGACGAGGAGAAGUAGCCCAGAAUUUUGUUUCCUACAAAGAUAAUCGUAUAGUUAUUUCACUGCAGUUUCUGUUCUUUGAGAAUGGCAACCUAGUUUUGUCAAAACCACAUGGUUAUGGUUAUGGUCAUGGUUCUAACUUCAACGCAGUUGUCUUGGAUUAUCCAUCAGAGUUUCUUACUUCGAUACGUGGUUCAUUCGGAUCAUGGGACGGAUAUAGUGUUUUGAACUCAAUAUCAUUUGGCACGAACAAAGGUUCUUAUGGACCAUUUGGGGGUACCCCUUCAGCUGAUGACAGCGACCGCGGCUUCAACUUUCAGAUAGGAAAUUAUCGUUCUUUUGGUGGAUUUUACGGCAGUACAAAUAAAUAUGGGAUUGAGAGUAUUGGGGUCUAUGUGAAGACCAUCACUACUUCCAUGAUCAAUUCUAAAGAUUCUUCAGUUUAA